ACUACAAUACUAAAUAGUGUGUUUAAAUAGUAUGCUGCAGUUAGCAUAAGGGGUGUGACAUUUGUACGUACUGUUUAGUGCGGUACUAUGUAGUAAUAUCUCCGGCUUGGUCUCUAAACAACUGUGGCGCUGUCAAAGCCUAAUCCUAGAAGUUUGUGUUAAGUUUGACUUGUACGCUUCUGACACUUCUGAAAAUUGAAAAAAACAAAAAAAAAACAAAGAUACUCAGAUGCGGAAUAUAACCUAUUUAAAAAAGUAUUCCCAAAGGAGCGGGCGGAAUAGCGAUGGUGUUAGGAAGUUGUGCAUAUUCAUGAAGUGAUGAAGGCCAGAAGUGUGUGAGGAGGAUGCCAGUGGAGUGAAAACACUGAUGGAGGGCCAGAAGAGUAGUUCUGAAGAAGAGGAAGGCUCACAUAACAGGGGUGUGUCCCACAGGUGGCAGGGCUACUCAUGCACUGUUAAACCAGCGAGGGUUUUCCUUCCACAGCCUGUUCUUCAGGCUGCACUGGGGAUCAGCCAUGGAGUUCUAUUGACAAACGAUGGCCUUGUCUACAGCUUUGGAGAGCUUCCAUGGAAGCGAGACUUGAAGUCCCAGACAGUAGAACCUGUGCUGGAAAGCUCUUUAACUGGACACUGUGUGGUCCGUGUAUCUGCGGGUAGUUUUCACUGCGGUGCCGUAACAGAGGAAGGGAUGGUGCACAUGUGGGGCGUGAACUCCCAUGGUCAGUGUGGUAUCUUUGGUUUUAGUGUUGUCCAUAAUCCUACCCCUGUCAACAUUGUGGAUGAUGAAAUUGUCCCUCCUGAACUGGUCCAGAUCCAGGAUGUGGCCUGUGGGGCACAGCACACAUUAGUUUUGUCAAGGAAGCAUGAGGUGUGGGCCUGGGGUAGUGGCUGCCAGUUGGGCCUGGUGACUACUGUGUUCCCUGUGUGGAAGGCACAGAAAGUAGAGCAUCUAUCAGGGAGACAUGUGCUCCAGAUUGCCUGCGGUGAAUUCCACAGCUUGGCUUUGGUUCGCUUACUACCCCUUCCAGUGUCCUCUCAGCAAUCCCAGGACAAAUGUGGCCAGUGCAAGCAGCCUAUUUACACUUUGAUUGACAAGGAUGACCAUGUUAUUAUUUCUGACAACCAUUACUGCCCACUAGGGGUGGAACUAUCCGAUGCAAAGCAAUGUCAAAAAUCAAAGCAGGCAUCUCCAUCCUUGACGUCAGAGAUGGAGACCUCAGCACAUGACCCCCAGAGUUCUGUUGUGUCACCUGUAGAUUUCUGCCCCAGUCAGAGUGCGCUGGAUGAAUCUCACAGUGAUGAUACAGCAGGUGAGAAGGAAGAAGAUCACAAUGAUCCAGCCCCUGAGACUAUGACUGACAGCUCAGAAAGUCCACAGCAAUGCCGUACAAGAACCAAAAGCUCUCUUUACCCUGAUGAACAGGCUCUGAAAGACUACCUCAAGAGGCUCUCUGGGCAGUCUCAGUCAGAGCAGUUUGAGGCAGUCUCCAGGAAGGGUUCAUGUCCUCCAAGCCGUCAGACAUCACUCAAAGACUCUUAUAGACUGGACCAAAACAACAAACCUACAUUUCCUUCAUUGGCACCACUUACCACGAGCGACGAUUUUAAAUCCACACUUUCCGAUGAUAUUGCACUGAUGACGUUACACGACUCCGUCACAGAUUCUGUCUGUGACGACUCAUCUGAAGACACGGUCAUUCCUAGUGACCCUUUAACAUAUAAUAACUGUGAGGAGGUCACUGAUGACAGCUUCUCGACAGAUAGUAACCACUGUCCACAUAAGUCACUGGAAGCUAAGAAAAGUGCCAGCCUGACAGACAUUAGGUUUAACGAUACAGAUGGAUAUAGUCGUAGAAGAUCAUUACCUGGCUUACUGUCACCAGUUUCUCCAACAGUAUCGCUUCGGUGCAAUCUUGCCAAAGCCGGAGCAGUCAACUCAAAAAGCAAACACAUCUCAGAGAAGGAAAUUUUCCUUCCGUCUCUCCAUACAGAGGUGUGGACUUGGGGCAGAGGUCAAGAAGGUCAACUAGGUCAUGGAGACACCUUGCCCAGGUUACAGCCUCUAUGUAUUAAGAGUUUAAACAACAAGGAAGUUAUCAAGAUUGUUGCUGGAUCAUGUCAUUCUUUGGCCUUGACAGCUCAGUGUCAGGUUUAUUCUUGGGGUUGCAAUAAAUUAGGUCAGUUGGGUCACAUGAACUCUCCUAGCACUGUGCCACAGCACGUAAAGAUGUCUGAUGGUAUUCGUGUGUGGGAUGUCGCGGCAGGGCAGACACACACCGUGCUGCUUGCUGAUGGAGACUGCUUACAGCCCAUAUUGUAUUACAGUGGUGAGCAGGUGCAGGCACGGGAGGACUCUCCUACUGCAACGUAUACACAGACACCAACUCUACUGCCCUUCUUCAUGAAUCUUGGCUAUGUGAGCAGCAUUUUUGCUGGAGGACCAAACUGUGUGGCUCUGGCUGAUCGGAAUGUCAUGGGUUUCAUCGCCACUCUGCAUGAGUUGGCAUCAGCAGAGAGAAAGUUCUACUGCAUGCUCAGCAGGGUGAAGAACCAGAUACUGCAUCCCCUACUGGCCCGGGACAGCGUGAGCUCGUGUUUGGGGCGGACCUCCAUGCAGCUGUUCAAGACUAUGGCAGGAAAAUACAGUCAUUUGUGCCGUCUGAUAGGACAGCACGCCACCUCUCUCACUAACUUCCUACAGCAUAGGAGAAAUGUAAAAACUCUGGCCAUUUUGAAAAAUACAGACCUUUUCCUAGACACCUAUAAAAAGUAUAGCAGUCCCGUAGGAAACUUCCUUGUCAUGGGAGGAUUCCAAUCACUGGUGAAGCCCUCGCAAGAAUGUUUGGGGAAAAGGCUGGAUCUGAUAGUAACUCUGUUAGACCUCAAAGAGAAGAACGUCUCGCUAAGUGAUUUGCUAAUAAACCUGUUUUACAUGCCGCUGCAGCACUUGCAUGACUACAGCAGUCUUCUCCUGAAGCUGGCUACUUGCUUUGAUGUGAGCUCUGUUGAAUAUCAAAUGAUUCAAGAUAGCUGCUUGCAAUAUGAGGUCUUGGCUCAACUUCUAAGCAAACAGAGGAAACAGGCGGAGAGCACUUACACUUUCUGGAAGAACUUUUCAGGAAAGAGCUCAGAGUCUUUGCGGAAGCCGUCUCGGCGGCUGGUGUGUGAGAGUAGCAAUAAAGGCUUGACCCUGCAGAACGCUGGGAGAUUCUCAGUCAACUGGUUCAUUCUCUUCAAUGAUGCCCUUGUUCAUGCACAGGGUACCAUUCCAUCUAAGAAGUUUUUUUCCUCUUACUAUGUCUAUCUGCUGGCCACACUGUGGGUGGAGCCCGUCUCAGACAAGAAUGUGGGAUUGUUGGGACUGAAGCUGAUUACCCCUGAAGAAAACUUCACUUUGUUGGCAUCGUCACCUCUGGAGAAGGGGAAGUGGCUGAGGGCCAUUAACCAGGCUGUGGAAGAUGUGCUCGGAGUGGAUCAGAGGGCAGAGCCUCCUGUUUCCCGCACUGCCACUUAUACUUUUACUAAAGAUGGCAGGCUCAAAGAUGCCACAUACACUGGCCGCUGGCUCUCAGGCAAGCCUCAUGGCAGUGGCACUAUGAAGUGGCCUGAUGGCAGAGUUUACUGUGGGACAUUUAAAAAUGGCCUGGAAGACGGAUUUGGAGACUGUAUGAUGCCCAGACAAACCAUCAACAAGUAUGACCGUUACAAGGGCCACUGGAAGGAGGGCAAAAUGCAUGGAUUUGGGACAUAUUGGUAUGCUACAGGUGAGGUGUAUGAGGGCUUAUUUCAGGAGAACCUGCGUCAUGGCCAUGGCAUGCUGAGUAGUGGCAGACUAGCCUCUUCCUCCAGCAGUGUGUUUGUUGGCCAGUGGGUCCAAGACAAGAAAACUGGCUAUGGCAUAUUUGACAACAUCACAAAAGGAGAAAAAUACAUGGGGAUGUGGCUGGAGGACCAGAGGCAGGGCACCGGGGUUGUGAUCACCCAGUUUGGUCUAUAUUACGAAGGAGAAUUUAGUAAUAACAAAAUGAUGGGGAAUGGGCUUCUGCUCUGUGACGAUGACACGUUCUUUGAGGGAGAGUUUUCAGAAGACUGGACAUUGAAUGGGAAGGGCGUCUUGUCCAUACCUAACGGAGAUUCUUUUGAUGGUAUCUUUGUGGGCGAGUGGGGCUCUGAACUGAAAGUGGCUGGCGUCUUUACAAAACUGUGCCUGUAUGAGACUGAGCCGAUGGAGAAUAAGACCUUUGAGGUCGGUCGUUAUGCAGUCCCUGCUGAGCAGAAAUGGGUGGCUGUGUUUGAGGAGUGCUGGAACCGGCUGGGUUGUGAAACCCCUGGAGUGGGAGAGAAAGAGAGAGCCUGGGAGAACAUUGCAGUCAUGCUGACAACCAGCUGCAGACAGCAGAGAGAUGGACCAAGGGCUCUGAGUCGCUCCCAGUGUAAGAUGUUGGAGAGUCUGGAGGUUAUCCCUCAGCAUGUCAGUCCUGUUACUGCUGAAGCCUAUGACAUCAUCCGCCGCUACCUCAUCAAGGCAUUUGAUACUCCUCUGCAUCUUCUGGGCUGGCUGCUGGAGACACUGGUCACGGUGUACAGGAUGACAUAUGUAGGCGUGGGCUCUAAUAAAAGGCUUUUAAAGCAGGCUGUGGAGGAGAUCCAGUCCUACCUCAAACGCAUAUUCCAACUGGUCAGGUUUCUGUUUCCUGGUCUUCCAGAUGAGGGUGGUUUUAUCCCUGACUCAGAGAAGAGGGCCAGUGACAUUCAGAGCAGCAAUACACAUUCAGACACCACCCAGCAGGGCUGGAUUGUGAGUAGCACCACUCUGCUGCUUCCUGUUCUGUUACCUCGUCUCUAUCCUCCACUCUUCAUGCUGUACACACAGGCGAAAGAGAGGGAGGAGGAGGUGUACUGGGAGAGUGUGUUACGCCUCAACAAACAGCCUGACUUGUCUUUGCUCACCUUCCUGGGAGUGCCUCAAAAAUUCUGGCCAGUCUCAAUUUCUGUUUUAGGAGAGAUAAAAGAUGUGCUGCCUAGCAGUAUGAAUGCUUGCUUUGCUACUGCUGUGGAGACUCUGCAACAGAUCAGCACAACUUUCACUCCUGCAGAUAAGCUUCAGGUCAUCCAGCUGACCUUUGAGGACAUCACGCAGGAAGUGCAAGCCAUGUUGGGCCAGGGCUUCCUGUGGUGCAUGGAUGACCUUUUCCCAGUCUUCCUCUACAUAGUUCUCCGUGCACGGAUCAGAAACCUUGGCUCUGAAGUGAGCCUCAUAGAGGACUUGAUGGAUCCUGCUCUACAGCAUGGAGAACUCGGGCUCAUGUUCACCACUCUUAAAGCUUGCUACUACCAGAUUCAGAGAGAGAAGCCUACUGGCAUGUAGAGGCAGAAUUUCUGCAGGUGUAAGUCACAUCUUAACACAAGUCUUUGAAUUUGUACAGUGUUUUGGAUGCAGUGCAUUCUACUGUAUGAGCGAAGGAACAGAUUGGAAAGUUUUUCAUUUGUUUGAUUUGGAGGAGAGAACUCAACACUGACAUGGUUCCAGCACCUUCAUCACACGCUCCUAAUUACUAACUUUAAUUUUAGUUGCUGCUUUUAAAUGAAUCAAGGUUUUAUAAUGAACUGUUUUGAUGAAUGUGGAGGUUGUUUGUUACUUAACUGAAAAGGGAGUCCUUAAAUUACUGAGUCAGAUUUCAUGCCUGUGGUUAAUGAUUAAUGUUGCAGUGCUGAUUUUUUUUUUUUUUCGUUUAAUGAUUUGUUAGACUGUACUAACUAGCACUACAUGCUUUAUCUAGACCCCACAGUUAUGAAUGCAUUAGGGGAGAGUCAGCACAAUGAUAACAUGCACAUUUUUUCUAAAUGCAACUAUGCAUCCAACUGUGACCUUUUUUUGCAUGCAUAUGCAAGUGUUUCACUUCUGUGUGACCAUCUGGGGAAAACAGCUGCAUUUAUUCACUCUAGCAGGAGAUAUGUGUGAAAAACAAAAAGCAUUUUGUGCCAGAAAAGUAAAAAAAAAAAAGAAAUAACCAAAGUAUUUUUCUAUUACUUUUUCCUCAGACACUUAUCUCUACAUUAACUGUAUAGUUUUCAGAGAAUGGGCAUGUUCCUUCAGAUAUGCUCUGUAUACUUUCUUGCUUCAGUGGCUCCCAGACUGUUAAGUGUAGCGAAAGGUGACAGCGCUGAGACAGAAAAGGUGACAGCGCUGAGACAUACACACUUAUUCCUGGUCUUGUUAGAAUGAAAUACAGUUUAUUAACUGAGCUCAUAAAGAUGUCAUCCUAUUUAAAUCUUAGUUUUAUGUUUAAACCAUAGUAACCCUAUUACUUUGAUAUAGCCUAACAAGAAGAAAUGUAUUUUUAGUGGUGCUACAACUGAUCCAUGUAACAUUACAGUUAUGCCACUUUACCUGUACAGCAACAAUGUACUACUUUUGGUUUCAUUGAAAUUGUGUGCCAUCGGUAAACCGGCAGAUGAUAACAGAUUGUUACUUAGGAAGUAUGAAGUCUUUUCAUUUAAAUCAUCGUUGAGCAAUUUAACGCAAACCAAAAAAAUGUUACAGUUUUGCUGGCUCUCCUCUACUUUUGUAUCCAGCCUGCAAUUAUCAAGUGGUUGAUUUGGAUAAAUUAGGUUUUGAGUUUUUUGUUUGUUUGUUUGUUUGUUUGUUUGUUUUAGCUGUUUUAAAACAGUCUUUAUUGCUCAUUGACCUAAAAUUGUUAGAAUAUACUGUACUUGUACAGUAUGUUAAAACACAGACUUAUUUAUUAGAAAAUGUAUAUUUUUAUUAACUUGCACUGUACAGAAUGUUACUAGAGGGAGUAAGAAAUAAUGUAAAAAAAUUUUCACUGGUGUAAAAAAAAGAAGAAAUGUAUCAUUUUAUACUAGGAAAACUAUUUACAGGUGUAAAGUUUUAUAGAGGCCAAAGAGGAACAAAGCAUCAGAUCACUUUUAGGAAGGUAUUAGUUCAAAGAUCAGGUCACUGUAAAUGAAAAUGUCACAUUUGGUGUAUGUCCUGUGCAUUUUGUAAUGCCUCACAUGUCCUAAGAAACUACUGACAGCUGAUUAUCCAACAUUUGAAGAACAUCAGGACCAACAUAGAGUAAUCAACAUGAAAGAUGAGAUCAGAUGUGAUGUCUGUAUGUACUGAGGCUAAACGUGCUGGUAGAUUCAGUGCCUACUUCAGUGAUAUGACAUGCUUCAUACCUCUGUAUACCUGGCUGUACAUGUACACUGUUGUCACUGUUCACAGUUCUAAUUGUUUUCAUGUUAUGCCAUUUUUAUUUUCUGGUUGUUUUUAUAGUUUAAUGGAAUGUAAUUUAAUUUUAGUUUAGCAGGAAGUGUUGUUUAUAUGUGAAUAUACAGUGCCCUCCACUAAUAUUGGCACCCUUGGUAAAUAUGAGCAACGAAGGCUGUGAAACACUGUCUUUAUUGUUUAACCUUUUGAUCUUCUGUUCAAAACAUUCACAAAAAUUCUCUGCGCUCAUGGAUAUCAAACAAUUGCAAACAAAACACAGGUUUAUCCAAAAAAAAAUCUUUGUUAAAUGUGGGUGUGCAACAAUUAUUGUCACCCCUACGAAUUCGUAUGAGAAAAAUAUAUUUUAAGUAUAUUCCCACUGAUAUUUUUUAAAUAUGAGGUAACACAUAGGGCAAAUUCCCUUAGCUGUGAUGUGUGGCAAAAGGUUGUUGAGCUUCACAAAAUGGGAAGUGGCUAUAAGAAAAUAGCACAAGCAUUUAAAAUGCCCAUUUCCUCCAUAAGGGCAAUAAUUAAGAAGUUCCAGUCAACUGGAAAUGUUAUGAAUCAACCUGGAAGAGGACAUUUGUUUAUAUUGUCUCAACGCACUGUGAAGAGGAUGGUUCGAGUGGCGAAAAAAAUCUCCAAGGAUCACAGCUGGAGAAUUGCAGAAGUUAGUUGGGUCUUUGGGUCAGAAAGUCUCCAGAACUACAAUCCGAAGUCACCUACAUCACCGCAAGUUCUUUGGAAGGGUUUCAAGAAAAAAGCCUCUACUCUCAUCCAAAACAAACUCAAGCAUCUUCAGUUUGCCAGACACUGGUUCAAAUGAGAACUUCAAAUGGGAUCGGGUUCUAUAGUCAGAUGAAACCAAAAUAGAGCUUUUUGACAAUAAACACCAGAGGUGGUUUUGGAACACACAGAGAGGUAGCCAUAUGGAAAAGCACCUCAUGCCCACGGUUAAAUAUGGUGGUGGAUCUUUAAUGUUUUGUGGCUGUUUUUCUGCCAGAGGACCUGGACAUUUUGUUAGGAUACAUGGCAUCAUGGACUCUAUCAAAUAUCAACAGAUAUUAAAUUAAAACCUGACUUCCUCUGCCAGAAAGCUUAAAAUGGGCCGUGUUUGGAUCUUCCAGCAGGACAAUGAUCCAAAACAUACAUCAAAAUCAACACAAAAAUGGUUUACUGUCACAAAAUCAAGGUCCUGCCAUGGCUAUCCCAGUCCCCUGACUUGAACACCAUAGAAAACCUGUGGGGUGAACUGAAGAGGAGAGUCUACCAGCAAGGAUCUGGAGAGAUUCUGUGUGGAGGAAUGGUCUCAGAUCCCUUGCCAUGUAUUCUCCAACCUCAUCAGGCAUUAUAGGAGAAGACUCAGAGCAGUUAUCUUGGCAAAAGGAGGUAGCAAAAAGUAUUGCCUAAAAGGGUGCCAAUAAUUGUUGCACACCUAUAUUUAACAAAGUUUUUUUUUAAUAAACCUGUGUUGUUUCUGCAAUUGUUUGAUAUCCAUGAGAGCAGAGUAUUUUUGUGAUUUUUUUUUAAACAAAAGAUCAAAAGGUUAAAUAUUAAAGACAAUUUUUCACAGCCUUCUUUGCUCAUAUUUACCAAGGGUGCCAAUAUUAGUGGAGGCCACAGUACAUGUGUAUCUGUAUUUGGACAUGUUAAUGCAAUUGUCUGUUAUAUGUAAUGAGUGACUACUGGAAAAGCUUAGCUAUAAACAGGUUUAUAUACUCACUGGCCACAUUAAUAAGAACACCAGUACCCCAGAUCUUUCAUGCAAAUAUCUAAUCAACUGCUCAUGUGGUAUUUUCCACACACAACAGUCUGUAGAGUCUACACAGAUUUGGUGCAAAAAAAAUCCAGUGAGCCGAAGUUCUGCGGGAUGAAAUGCCUUUUUGAUGAGGGAAGUCAGAGGAGAAUGACUAGAAUGAUUUCGCUGACAGGAAGUCUACAGUAACUUAAAUAACCACUAAAAAAGCAUUUCACAAUCAUAGACGAAUUAUGGCAUGGGCAAGGUGGGCACGGGCCCAGGGCCCUGACACUCCAGGGGGGCCUCUAAUGAGCUGAUGAAUUGUAAUUUUACUAUCAUUGUGCAACGAGAAGAAUUCAUUCACGAUAUAGUCUUAGAAAGACUUGGAAGCUUAAUGCGCGACUCACUAUUCAAACCAAAGAUACUGAUCCAAUUAGUUAAUUUUAAUCACGAAGGGGUCAUGUAUAGACUGUAUACCACCUUCAUCCCAUGUGCAUUACACUUAGGGUGGUAAGUCAUAGCCCGCAUAUUUUUAUUUGUCCUUACUUCUAAGUUACAGAAAGUUAUUAAUAUUAAAUAUUAGGCAUAUUUCUUCUUACUACUCACUUAGUUUAAUUAAAUGUUUUCCUUUUCAAAAGUUAUAUGGGCAAAGCACACUGGCAAAUGCUGUAACUGCGUCGAGUUUAUGUAAAAGAUGUUAUGUUGUUUUGUUUUUAAAAUAUAUUUUACAUUUUAUAAAUUAUAUAAAAUAUAUUUUAAAUUAUACUGUGAAAUUAUUUUGUGUUUUUAAUAAGCAGAUUAAAUCACAUUAUGUUGUAAUGAUGUAGCCUAUAGGUCAAAAGUCAAUUAUUUCGUAGUCAAGAUCAUAAACAUGAAAAAAUGGGUGCUCAGUGGAUCAGCUAAACGUAAAGCGCGGAAAGAAAAAUAGGCUAAAGAUGCUGCUUUGGCACAACAAAUAUCUUAAAUUUCAGCAUUUUAUACCAAAAAACAGCAGGUGGAACUUGAAUUAGUUAGCAGCGAUACCAGUGAUACAGCACUGCCCCCAGCUCGGGAUGACCUGGAUGCUAGCACUGCUGCUAGCCUUUGCCAAUGGUCGCAAGAAGUCAGUGUUAGCAUCACAGAGGGAAGUGCCGAAAAUUAUGUUUCAUUGGUGGGAAUAAGCAAAUUCCAAAUGAUAACUUAGUCAGCUGUCUUGGUAAGCGAUUGGAUGCGUACAAACAUCUUUGCGAUCUGUCUGGUGUUCUGACCUUGCCAGAGAAAACACACAACGCGAACACGCUGUCCAUGCCCUAUCCUUCUGAUUUGGAUACCAGUUUAGCAGAGGAGUUUAUUCAUUUCAGGGCUUUCAUUGAGAAUGAGCGGCUGCCUCCAUCUAAAGUCCUCAAAACAGUACUUGAGUACGGACUGCAGUCAACAUUUCCGAAUGUGUACAUCGCUCUACGAUUGUAUCUCACACUCCCGGUCUCUAACUGUCUCUAACUGCCAGGGAGAACGAUCCUUCUCCCAAUUGUCCAGAAUCAAGAAUGAACUUUAGGACUAGGAUGUUACAGAGAUGUUAGAACAGCUUGUCACUCAUGGCUAUUGAGGUGGAACUGGUUCAGGAUUUGGACUUUGAUGACCUGAUUAAUGAAUUCUCUGCAAAGUCCAGAAGAAAGGCACUGUCGUAGGUAGGAUAUUUGUCACCGUUUUCACACUUUUUCAAAAUGGUAAUUCAUGAGAAAACAAAUAACACCAAACCAUGGUUUAAUGUAUUGGUUUGUAUACAUAUCUGUAGCUUAUUAGAGUGUGUUUCCCUGUGAUGCGCUGUAAAGCUCUGUGUGCUCUUUGCAAGAGUGGACUUGUAGGCUUCUUCUUGCGUGCGUGCAUUCGUGCUUGUAUGGGGGGGAGGGGAUGGAGGGGGACUCAUUCUGAUUUUGUGCCCAGGGCCCGUGGUCAUGAUAAUCCGUCCCUGCUCAGAAUGCAGAACAUGCUUCAGCAGCAGAAGACCAUGUCAGGUUUCAUGCCUGUCAGUCAAAACCAGGUAUCUGAGGAGGCUACAGAGGGCACAGAUUCACCAAAUCUGUACUAUUGAAGAUUGGAGAGAAAGAUAUUUGGUGUACUAUUAUAGUGGCCAGUGAGUAAGGGUUUGUUUGGGUAUGUUUUCAUUCAUUUCUCUGUGUGCGUGUUUGCUGCAUCCAUAUAACUCAUCUUUCUCACUUGGAUCUACUAAGGAAUUGUUCUCCACAUAAAAGACUGAAUAACAAAUCUGUCUGGAAACACAAGGAAGCUAUACCUAGAAAUCUAAGAAUUUAGAUCAUGCAAAUCUGCCUUUACACAAAUACCUGACGAAGCAGCUGCCUGAUGAAGCAGCUAUCUGGGCUGUUUAAAUGUUUCGUGUUAACUUAAUGGCACUGUUAACAGUCUCCUACCUGAUACUGAGAUGUAUACAUUAAUAUAUAUAUACAUUCUUAAUUCGUUGCAGUGUUUUAAAUUUGUUUUGUUUUGGUUUUGGUUUUUUUAUGUUGAUAUGACGGGCUGAUCCGGUUGGCUAAUUUUAGCAGUGGCCGCUUCUUAUUCAAAUGAGUUUGGAUAAGUUUGAUAAAGCAAAGACGCCGUAAUGGCGACACUCACACGGCUCUUUAUUGGAUUGUUUACAGUUUGCCUUUAGACAAGGGAUUCUGAAACAUUGAUUCUGAAACAUUUAGAGGAUCAUAAAGCUUAUGCUCGCUUACUUUUUAUUGAUUUUUAGCUCUGCUUUUAACACUAUUCAACCACACUUGUUAAUUAAAAAGAUGAAGCAGUUGAGUGUAAACCCAUAUAUUAUUAAGUGGUAUUUUUCUGUUUUUAACUGACAGAACUUACUGUGUAAAAGUAAAUAAUUGUCUUACACAACAAAAGAAUAUUAGUAACGGUGUCCCAUAAGACUGUGUCGGUUCACCUAUUCAUUUUACUCUUUUUACAAACGAAUGCUCAAGUAAGCAUUCACAAAACUAUAUUUUUUAAAUAUUCAGAUAACACAGCCAUUUUAAGUUGACUCUAUGUGCAAGACAAUAUUGGCACCAACUACCAGUCAGAAAUAAGCCGGUUUGUUGACUGGUGUGAGAACAAUAAGUUAAUGAUAAAUACAAAGAAAACGGAUGAGAUUGUAUUCGACCCAAAAUGUAUAAGCGACCAUCAUCAAGUGCUUAUAAAUGACCAACUCAUUACUCAUACGCAGACUUGCAAGUAUUUGGGCAUUUACAUAGACAGUUCACUUACAUGGAAAACACACUGAAUGGGUUUGUACUCGUCUACACCAGAGAUUAUACUUCUUACGCAGAUUACGUCAUUAUGGGGUUAACAAGAAGAUUAUGCUGUUGUUUUACAAAGCUGUUUUAGAACGUAUUGUUAGGUAUGGUAUUAUGGUCUGGUUUGGGAAAACAAUUGUACAGCUUAAAUCUAAAUUGGUGCACAUGGUAUUGACAGCAUUGAAAAGUGUUGGGCAAGAAGAACAUCUUAGUCUUCAAGAUUUAUAUGAGAAAAGCAUUCUUAAUCAGGUGCAGAAGAUUUUAGGUGAUCAAACUCACUUCCUGAAUCCACAGUAUGAACUGCUUACCUCUAGUAGAUGAUACAGAGUAUAAAUGUGCAAAUUAAACAGAUACGAGAAUUCCUUUGUACCUGUAUCUGUGCGAAUGCUUAAUAAGUGCUUAUCUUGAUAAUAGGUUUUUAUUUAUUUUUAUUAUUACUAUUAUUAUUUGUCUAUUAUAUGUCUAUGCAGCAAUAUGUAGUCCACAAUAAAUUUCCUUUCGGGGACAAUUAAGUAUACUUUAACUUAACAUUUUAACUAAUAGUUAAAAGUUUUUGAACACCUGGAGUUUAUGGGGGUUUUUUUAUCACUAUUAUUAUCACAAGCCAAGCAAAAAGUUAUACAGCAGCAAGUUAACUGCUCACUCUCAGAUGCUUAGGAGACUUGAGUGCUUUAUUAAAGGCCGGAGCACUUGGAGGGUAAACCCGUGCUCGUGUUAACUUUAAAACAUAAAUAUGUGUUGCAAAAUUUUCACAUUUUAGAGUAUUUAAAAUGAGGUAAUGCCAAAAUAUAGGUUUUUCAAAAACUGGCAGUGUAUACGUCAAAUUAUUAUUGUAUCGUUUUUCUUGUAUCAUGACUAAUACUGAUACAGAAUAACGGGAAACUUCUAUAUUAUUUUCAGUGAGAUAGUCAAUGGUAGUGAGAGUCAUGAGGGGUUUAGUGAUAAUGAACUGAUUACUAUAGUCAUUUUUUUUCAUUUAUAGGAAAAAUCUAAGAAUUUUUAAUCUACUUUUUAUUAGACUUGUUUUUUUAUUCACUGAAUUAAUAUAUUAUUGGAACAAUAAAUCUUUUUAACAAAAGUCUCAGUGAUACCUGGUUUUAUAUUUACCUGUUUCUUCUUAACUAUACAGCUGGAAACUUGGCUAAAUGUCUCUUUUGUUAGAAAUCUUUACUGUUUGUAUUCUCUCCUAUGUCAUUAAUGAUUAUAAGGGUGGAAAAGUGAGGAGAAAGAUACUAGCUUAUUUCAUUUUUGUCUUGUGGAACAAUUUAAAAUGUUGGGUGACAGAAACUGUUUAUACUGACAGGAACAUGACAAAAAAAAAAAAAAAAGCCUGGGAGUUCAUUUUGUGAGUGGUCUUAUUUUGUUAUUCUGAUAUGUUGGUUUUUUUUUUCCUGGAUGCUUGUUUGCCAUCCAAAGUCAAGGUACCUGGCAUGAUCAGUUAAUUAUUCUGUAUCUUGUGUCAUGUAUCUUAUAUCGUGUGUAAUUCCUUGAUUAGAAGAUACAACUCCCCUCUCUGUUCCAUGCAAUUUCCAUUUUAACUCCAAAGUUGCAGAUAUAGACAUUAUGAAAAUAUGUUUGUAUGCACGUGUGUGUGUACUUGUGGGUUUUUUUGUUUUGUUUUGUUUUUUUUAAACUUAUGUGUUUAGCCUGAGUGUGUAGGUGUGCAGAAAUUCUAGUUGCAGAAGUACUGCACAGGGGACAGGACUCUUGCUCACAGGAUUAAGUUGGAUAGAAAGGGAUUAGAAUCUGCUUUCCAGCCAUUCCUUCAAGAAAUUUCACAUACUUCUUGAUAACCAGGACAGAAAUAAAAUAUCACCCAAAAACAGGAAGUGAACCAGCAGGUUCACUGCCACCUGCUGUCCUUAGUGUGGACAUGAGGAAUUCUCCAGUGUUGAGAGAGAUGGACUGAGUGUGUGAGGUAAGUGUGUCAUUGCCUGAACAUCUUUAAAAUUUGCCAUAUUAUACUAAGCAUUUGAUAAAUGAAAAGGUUUUAGUUGAUCGUGCAAGCAUUAAAAAAAAAACUGCUCACAACAUCUAAGACUGUUAAUGGGAAUGAUACUCUGCAUGUAGUUCUGGUGAUCAUAAUGCAAUUCAAUUCAAUUUUAUUUGUACAGCGCUUUUAACAAUGGACGAACCAACAAAGCAGCUUUACAGAAAUAAAUAAAUUUAGGAUA